AUGUUACCACGUUUGCCGGGAUCGUAUCAACCAUCGGUCCAGCCCUGUAGGAACAGCGCUAUGUAUCAAAAUACAAACUAUCAAACUCCUGUACCAGCCCAGCCUGGCGCGUAUCCAUCGGGCACUCACCCAUCGUAUAGCAGUAGUGACGCAGACUCUAGUAGUGUCACCAUGACCCCCAAAACUACAGUCACGAACGACCCCUUCCCAGUACAAUUGCCGUCGUUGACGUCACUCGUUUCGAGUAUGCCUCGACCACAACGUGUGCAGUCGACGUCCCCGGUCAGUAUCCCUCAGACGUCAAACCAACAGCAACAGCUUCAGCAACAACAGCAGAUGCAACAACAGAUGCAAUUACAAUACCAACAUCAACAACUGCAAUAUCAACAGCAACAACAGCUGUUACAGUAUCAGCAACAGCAACAGCAACAACAGGAGCAGUUUCAAUACCAACAACAGUUCCACUACCAGCCACAGAUCAUGCCACAAGUACACGGGUCACAGUACAUUUACCAACAACCUCAGACACAAAAUAACCUAGGGCAAAAAACUUAUCAACCAUACCUCCAUGCCUCGCAGUUCCCACCUUACCUCACACCUACCGCUACGCCGGAAGCACAACCAGAUUCAGCGUACCAGACACCACAGAUGGUUCAAGUUUGCUACGUCCCCGUAGACACUACGCAGAGGGGGCCUGUAGUCUUGAUGCCCGAGGUACCGUCUGCGCAAUCGGGCCAUAUCCCUCCCAGUGUCCCCCUGCACAAAAGUGCUCCAGUGGUCCAGAACAACACUUCAUCGUUACCAACUUCCAUUAUCAAUGAAGUGAGUUUCCCUCAAAACUCACCUAAACAGAAAACGGUACAUACAACCUUCGUUAACAGUAACACUGCACAACCGGGGAAGUUUGUGAAAACCAAAGAUUACUACUGCACCGAGGUGAAGAAGGAACGUAAAGUCUCGGAUACAAUGAAGAACAAACGUUCAAAGGGGAUCUCGCCACCUAACGGGAAAAAAGUGAUGAAACAUGGGAUAAACACAAAGAUACGGAGAACUAAACAGUGCCCGGUUUGUGGGAAGAUUUGCUCGAGACCCUCCACUUUGAAGACGCAUUACUUCAUCCACACAGGAGAUACACCGUUCAAGUGCACCUGGCCAAACUGUGGGAGAUCGUUCAACGUGAAAAGCAACAUGAUGAGACAUAUGAAAGCUCACGCGAAAAAGGCAGCAGAGUCUGGCAAGAAGGCAGCGGAGCCUGUCAAUCGGACAAUACAAUCUCUCGAACUUGUAGCAGAACCUGUUAAAAAAUAA